CCGCAGCACCGCCCGUCUUUUGACUAGUCAUCCCCUCCUCAGUGGAGUCCAGUACAGAGCGGGGAGGGGAGGAACAGUCGGAGGGAGGGGAUGAAUAUUCAUAACCUGCGCGGCGCUGACGUCAGAGUGCAAGAAGGGGCCUUGUAACCCCGCCCAUGCCAGUUAGCUGCUCAUUUGUAUAUCUAGAAGAAUGAAGAUAACGGGCGAACGGCGGGGCGGUUCCAGGCAUGGUCUGAUACUAGCUCCAGUGAUGUGAUCUUUUCCAUUUGUUAAGCUCGCCAGUUUCUCAAGUUUCAACAACUUGCUGUGACUUACUAGGAAGUGAGCUGUAUAACCAUUGCAUGGAAAUUGUAGAGGUUUGCAUCGCGUAGAAUUAAUGGAGCUGUGCCACCAUGACAAGAUUCCGUAGAAGAACAUGUAUCACCUUAGCAGUUUUUAUUUUUAUUGUUUGCUCUAUUAUGAUGGGCUUGAAGUCACUGAGACCUGAAACAGCUGCUUUUGGAAAUCCUUUUGGCCUUGGCCUUUUACCAGAACUUCAGAAAGUCACUGUUUUUGAUAAAAAUUCAGGCAUUAAAAUGAGUAACCAAGAGCGCACCAAAAAACAGGAGGAUAAAGUGGCUUCACCCAAACCUGCCGACCUGGACGUGGAGUUUCCUACUCCAAAUUAUGACUUUCAUGUCUUUUAUUAUACCUGGUAUGGAAAUCCUCAAUUUGAUGGAAAGUAUAUUCACUGGAACCAUGACCAGUUGAAACAUUGGGAUGCCAAGAUCGCUGGCAAUUACCCGACUGGAAAACACAAUCCUCCUGAGGACAUUGGAUCAAAUUUCUACCCAGAACUAGGCUUGUACAGCUCGAGGGAUUCUUCUGUUCUUGAAGCCCACAUGAAGCAGCUACGAUCGGCAGCUAUAGGAGUGCUCUCCUUGUCGUGGUAUCCAGCACACAUGAGUGAUGACAGCGGCAUCCCAUCUGAUGACUUAGUACCAAAUAUAUUAGACAUUGCUCAUAAAUAUAGCAUAAAGGUUACAUUUCACAUUGAGCCUUACAAAAAUCGAGAUGACCGUAGUUUGCAUACUGAUGUAAUAUAUAUUGUUGACAAAUAUGGGGACCACCCUGCAUUUUACAGAUACAAGACAAGAACUGGUAGAAGUUUACCAAUGUUUUACAUUUAUGAUUCCUAUAUAACAUCACCUGACUCUUGGGCUCACCUCUUUACAACUUCUGGAUCCCAUAGCAUUCGGAAUACGAAGUACGAUGGAAUCUUUGUGGCCUUGCUUGUAGAAGAAAAACAUAAGCUUGACAUUCAGAGAAGUGGUUUUGAUGGAAUUUACACUUAUUUUGCUACAAAUGGUUUUACAUAUGGUUCCUCUCACCAGCACUGGCAAAGUCUGAAAGAUUUUUGUGAUUCCAACAAUUUAAUGUUCAUUCCAAGCGUUGGGCCAGGAUAUAUAGACACUAGUAUACGUCCUUGGAACUUCAAAAAUACCAGGAACAGAAUAAAUGGAAAAUAUUAUGAGACUUCUCUAAAUGCAGCCUUGAUGGUGCGCCCUAGCAUUAUUUCCAUCACUUCAUUCAAUGAAUGGCAUGAAGGAACUCAGAUUGAAGCAGCAGUGCCUAAGAAAAAUGCUCACAUAAAAUAUGAGGACUAUUUGCCUCAUAAGCCAAAUAUUUACUUGGAGUUCACGCGAAAGUGGUCGGAAAAAUAUAUGAAGGAGAGAGAACAAUGGCUGGUUUAAUGACUUGUUUAAUUUUUUGGGUUCAAUAUUCUAAUUGGUGUUUAAGGUCUUAUUUGGUAUUUACCUGCUGACAAAUCAAUAUUUUACACUGGAAUUUAAAGUAAAGUUUAUUAGUUUUACUUAUUUGAAUUUGUAUAAUAUUUGAAUUUGUAUAAUGAGAUAUUGAAAUUUUAAACUUAAUUCAUGGAAAGGUAAGAAUGGGCACAAGGGAUCAUAGGCAUCCUUAGUGUCAUGAGCACACUAGUCUAUUGUGUGAUAUUUAUUGCUGAGCAACAAUAAUGUGAUUGGUAAAUCGUUUAAGACACUAAAUAUAAAAAUACUAUAUCUAGAUAUUCAAGAUUACAUGGUUGUAACGUUGAACAAGUCUUUCCACAAAUUUAUACUAGUUCCUUGUUUCGAAAUAGUUGAUUGCACUACGUAAAUAAAUAUUCUUCAAAUGGGCACUGUCAGAUUCAAAAACUUUGUAUAUGUUGUACAUUUCGGCAAAGCAUUAACCUUUGUAAUAUACUUCAUAAGACAAUUGUAUUUCCUUUUUAUAGAAAUCAUGGCUUAUAAAAUCUUGGCUUUGCCCAGACUGAAGCACAGGCAUGGACAAAGUCCAGUAAGUGAGGGUGGCUAGUGCUCCUCUGUGCUCUCUCCUGUCUGAUAGGACUCCUCUGUGCUCUCUCCUCUCCUAUCAGACAGGAGAGAGCACAUAGGACUGCUAUCAGACAGGGGAGAGCACAGAGGAGUGAUAUCAGACAGGAGAGAGCACAGAGGAGUGCUGUCAGACAGAAGAGAGCACAGAGGAC